AUGGCAAACAGGUCUGGUCCACACAGAUCAGUGAUAAACCAUCGCUCCUUUCCUGGUUUUCAUGCACGGGAUGCCAUGUCUAUGGCUUUGGAUGAUCAGCCACAACGUCCAAAGUCUGCCAGCCAUGACACUGCCACCAACCAUGGGGACAGUGACCACCACAAUGUUAGUGUACAGGAUAUCAAUAAGUUUGAAAACAAUUGGGAGGAUCUGGAUGCUGAGUUUGAAACAAAAGAGGAUACUUGGGAAAGUAAUGUAAUGAAAAUGGAAACAUUAAGAACAGACCAUUCGGAAAUGGCGACAGAAAAUGCCAACAAUACCUUGUUAUCAGACACCCAGAAAAAUGACCAAGAUUUAUGGGAUCCUACAGAAGAUGCUUGGGAAAUUGAAAAACCAAAAGAGGUUGAUAGGGAACAUGAAAAACCAGAAGAAGUUGAUUGGGGAUAUCAAGGUAUACGUACCACACUCCAACAUCCCAAGUCAGAACGGAGCGAAACAUAUAAACUGUCAGAGGAAAAAGUGCCUUUGCAUCAAGGUAGAAAUGUGAUUGCCUUCACCUUCCCUUUCUCACUGUGCCUUUGCAUCAAGGUAGAAAUCCUGAUGAUUUUAUCCUUCUCUCUUUGCCUGUUUAUUGGUUGGUACAUACUGUGGUUCCUGUCCCUCCUAGUGAUUGCCUUCACCUUUCCUUUCUCACUGUGCCUUUGUAUCAAGGUGGUACAGGAGUAUGAACGUGCUGUUAUAUUCAGGCUGGGACGACUGGUUAAGGGAGGGGCAAAGGGUCCAGGUCUUUUCUUCAUCAUACCAUGUAUUGACUCCUACACCAAAGUGGACAUAAGGACUGUGUCAUUUGAUGUGCCCCCUCAGGAGGUCCUGACCAAAGACUCGGUAACCGUUGCUGUUGAUGCUGUUGUAUAUUACCGCGUCCAGAAUGCUACCAUGUCUAUAACUAACGUGGAAGAUGCCAACCGCUCCACACGUCUCCUUGCUGCCACAACUCUCCGAAAUGUCCUGGGAACUAAGAACCUCAGUGAGAUCCUGUCUGAACGCGAAUCCAUAAGUCAUGUGAUGCAGAGUUCACUGGAUGAUGCUACCGACCCCUGGGGUGUCAAGGUAGAGCGAGUUGAAGUUAAAGACGUCCGACUGCCUGUCCAGUUACAGAGAGCAAUGGCUGCGGAGGCUGAGGCUGCCAGGGAGGCCAGGGCAAAGGUGAUUGCUGCCGAAGGAGAACAGAAAGCAUCACGAGCUCUGAAGGAAGCUGCCGAUGUCAUCUCCGAGUCGCCUGCUGCUAUCCAACUCCGAUACCUUCAGACUCUCAACACUAUUUCUGCAGAGAAAAACUCCACCAUCAUUUUCCCACUGCCAAUAGACCUGGUGCAGUCCAUCUUAGGUCGACAAGGAUCAAGUCUUUGAUAGAGUGUCACCUGACAACAAGAUUUGCACUGGCUGUUGCUAUUUAAUGUGAGAUAGUGACACACCAUUGGAAUGCAAGUGGUAGAAAAUAAAAGUUGGAAUUGGAGAUAAACAGUGAGGAUAGGAUGACAGAGUACAGAAUAUUAACUGUAUACUCAAGUACUUACAUGUAACCAUGAUACCAUCCACUAAUAUAACAAUGAUAAUUUGUAACCAUGGUAACAUAUUUUGUAACUUGUGUAACCAGAAAUUUGCUGUGAGAUAUAACAGUAAAGUAGAUUUGAAUUUCCAAAUAAUCUCUCACUAUUACUAAACUCAUCAUGUUUCAAUUAAAUGUCAGCCGAAAAUCAUCAAAAAUAUCCGUGAUGGUGUAAACUUUAUAAAAUCUUGACAUGAAUAAAUGUCAGCCAAAAGUUCUUAUUUAGUCUCCAUGGUGACGUAACCAUUUUCAGAUGCUUAGAGCUCUUGUGAAUAUAUUGUUUAUUUAGGUUUUCAAAAAAUGUGAAUUUUGAUUAAAAUUGAAAUCUCUCAUCGCACAUUGUACACAAGUACAGAGAAAACUAACAUUACUGUACAGAUCAAUCGGUCUCUCCCUCUCAUCAUUGCAAGAUCUUUGAUGGGUUAUCUUUUCACUUUAUCUGAAGAAAAUCAGAUGUCGAGACAUAUUGAAGAGAAAGCAUAUUGUAACGAUUGUAUUUAAGUUACCUGUAUCCUACAAUGUACCUGAUAAUCAAACAAGAAUUGUAAUGUGUUUUAAGUUUUAUUAUUAAAAGAUCAAAAAUUAUUUUACUGAUGGUGUAUCUAAUCAGAAUGAAGCUUUGUCUGAUAUUGUCAUGAGUAAAACAUUUACAUUGAGUACUAAUUAAAGGCCACUUUGAACGGUCACCCUCUGUCUGGUCAGUUUGAACGGUCACCCUCUGUCUGGUCAGUUUGAUCAGUCACCCUCUGUCUUGCCAGUUUGAACGGUCACCUUCUGUCUGUCUGGUCAGUUUGAAAUGUUACACUUAAUCAGAUCAGUUUCAACAGUCAGUCAGAUCACUUUAAUAUGAAUUUUGUAUAUUUCACAAAUCAUGUACAUGUUGCUGUAGAUUUUUCUACAAUCUUAUGUUGAAGUCAUGUGGUCAUUGAAUGUUAACUACUGUACCUAACGUGUACUGGAAAAUUUCAUCUAAUCAAGUAAUGAUAGUAGACUUGACUUCCUAGUGGAAAGUGUCUCAGCAUGGCUACUGGUCUUGGGAAGGUCUUGGAGAUUAAUGGCUACUGGUCUUAGGAAGGCCUUGAAGAUUAAUGGCUACUGGUCUUAGGAAGGCCUUGGAGAUUAAUGGCUACUGGUCUUUGGAAGGUCUGGAAGAUUAAUGGCUACUGGUCUUAGGAAGGUCUUGGAGAUUAAUGGCUACUGGUCUUAGGAAGGCCUUGGAGAUUAAUGGCUACUGGUCUUAGGAAGGCCUUGGAGAUUAAUGGCUACUGGUCUUAGGAAGGCCUUGGAGAUUAAUGGCUACUGGUCUUAGGAAGGCCUUGGAGAUUAAUGGCUACUGGUCUUAGGAAGGCCUUGGAGAUUAAUGGCUACUGGUCUUAGGAAGGCCUUGGAGAUUAAUGGCUACUGGUCUUAGCAAGGUCUGGGAGAUUAAUGGCUACUGGUCUUAGGAAGGCCUUGGAGAUUAAUGGCUACUGGUCUUAGGAAGGUCUUGAAGAUUAAUGGCUACUGGUCUUAGGAAGGUCUUGGAGAUUAAUGGCUACUGGUCUUAGGAAGGCCUUGGAGAUUAAUGGCUACUGGUCUUAGGAAGGCCUUGGAGAUUAAUGGCUACUGGUCUUAGGAAGGCCUUGAAGAUUAAUGGCUACUGGUCUUAGCAAGGUCUGGGAGAUUAAUGGCUACUGGUCUUAGGAAGGCCUUGGAGAUUAAUGGCUACUGGUCUUAGGAAGGCCUUGGAGAUUAAUGGCUACUGGUCUUAGCAAGGUCUGGGAGAUUAAUGGCUACUGGUCUUAGGAAGGCCUUGGAGAUUAAUGGCUACUGGUCUUAGCAAGGUCUGGGAGAUUAAUGGCUACUGGUCUUAGGAAGGUCUUGGAGAUUAAUGGCUACUGGUCUUAGUAAGGCCUUGAAGAUUAAUGGCUACUGGUCUUUGGAAGGUCUUGAAGAUUAAUGGCUACUGGUCUUAGGAAGGUCUUGAAGAUUAAUGGCUGCUGGUCUUUGGAAGGUCUUGAAAAUUAAUGGCUACUGGUCUUAGGAAGGUCUUGAAGAUUAAUGGCUACUGGUCGUAGGAAGGUCUUGAAGAUUAAUGGCUACUGGUCUUAGGAAGGUCUUGAAGAUUAAUGGCUACUGGUCUUAGGAAGGUCUUGGAGAUUAAUGGCUACUGGUCUUUGGAAGGUCUUGAAGAUUAAUGGCUACUGGUCUUUGGAAGGUCUUGAAGAUUAAUGGCUACUGGUCUUAGGAUGGUCAGGACUACUGACCUAACAAAUAUCAGGGAACCUGACCUUGGUAGCGUAAAGGAGUUUGGCUACUGGCCAUGGAAUGUUUAGAGAGCUGGGCCUUGGUAGGUCAGGGAGCUGGACUACUGACCUUGGUAGGUUAGGGAGCUGGACUACUGACCUUGGUUGGGUCAGGGACGAGGUGUCAUUGGACAUUGAUAGUGUGUAUAACACAAAACUUCUAAUUUAUUCUUUACCUUCAUAGACUAAAAGUCCUUAAAUUACUUGAGCAUUUGUUGAAAAGUUACCAAUAGCAUUACAGAUUGCCAUCAAGUUUCUUCCAUUAACAACACCUAUUUAUGACAAAUAAUAUAAUUAAUGGUGACACUCAAAUCAACAUGUCUCUUCCAGAUUCCUUUACUUAAAGCAGACAGUAUGAAGUUAAAGAACUAUAAUCAUUUAUAUGAUUAAGUAUAGAACUCCUUGUUGAGACAUCACUAGCUGUUGAUAGUUGAUAUUUUUGCUGUAGUGUAAAUCACCAUGUCUCUAUUUGGACAGUGAACAAUUGGACAGUGAAAAGCUGAAGAUUAAUUAAAUCCCAAUAAAUGAAGGACACUUGUGGAAUAUGUAAUGGUAUUUAGGUAUGUUGUUUAUUGUAGGGAAUUUUAUUGACUUUACAAUUAUAUCAUUGGUGACAGAUUUUCUCAUUGACAACAAAUAUAAGUCUAUUUGGUAGGUGAAGGGACAUAACUCUGUUUUCCGUUUAUCACACUGGUUUGGGUCAUGUCUUUGAUUUUGUAGUAGAAUUGUAACUCUGGUUUAGACAACUGUAUCUGUCAUUUAUAUCAUUAUAACUGUCAUCCAUUCAGCCAUUUGGAAACAUGUACAGUGCCUUGGACUAGAACUCUGUGGGUUCCCGUCUAUCAUUCUACAUCAUGAUGUGUGCAGUUUACUUUUUAAUUGUUACUGUAAAGGGUAAAUAGCAAUUACAGACCUGAUCUGAAAAAUAUUGUGUUCAAUUAUUUAAAUGUUUAAUCAUAUAUCUACUAUAAUAUAUGAACGACAUGGCACUAGAAGCUCACUGUAUGCCAAAUAGCAUUGAUUCAUUUCUAAUUACAGAAACCAUUUAAUUUGUAGGAAUUAUCUAUUUGUAGAAAAUGGCCUGGAAUGGUUUUAUUGUAUAUUUGAUGUACUUUAGAUAGAUGAACUGAGUACACCUUCGUUGUUAGGUCAUGUGAAAUCUUCUUCAGUAACAUUUCUGUGUUGUGAUUGUAUUGUUAUACUGAUAAUCAGGAUAUAUCUUACCUACUCGACUAUAUAUACUAUAUCUUGUAAUAAAAAUAAGUGUCAGAUUA